AUGGUAAAAUGUAAAGUUUUUUUGAUAUUUUUGGUCCUAUGUCGAAUUUUUAGCAUAUGUCCACUAUGUUUAGCCACCGACUAUGUGGGUUAUUGCGAAGACUACGAAUUUAAAGGGGUUUACAUGGGAAUGGUCCAGAAAUUCUAUAUUAAAAAUGAGAAAAUAACGAAAAGAAAUGAAAAUAAUGGAAAAAAUGAGGAAAUAUUAAUUGGAAAAGAAGAUAAAAACAUAGUUAGUUCUGUUAAAGAUGAGAAAGAUAACCAAUUUUACGGAAAAUUUGUUCAUCUAAAACAUGAAGACACCAUAUAUAAGACACAAGUACAAGGAAGAAACUACUUUACUAAUUUGAAUCCAAGUGAUUGCAGAAUCAAUAUUUUAAGAAGACAUAAAAUUAGGAUUUCAAGAGUAUCAGUAGCUGUAAUGGAGUCUUUUGAUAGACUUGUUCAGCUUCUAGAUAUACUUUCUUCAAGAAAACCAUGUCCUUAUUGUAAAGGAUGUAUUGAUUCUAGACUGGACAGUUUACCAAUAUGGGUUUCUCCAAUUUUACAUAGACAAAUAAAAAAAGUGAACUCACAAUUAGAUAAUAAGUUAUGUUUAAUACUAAAAAAAGAUUCAAAACUCUAUUUAUUAAUACGAAAGAUUAUUAUGUCAAUUAAAGACAAUAGGUGGGCUGAAUUUGAUGGUAUUACUACUCAUAUUGGAAGUAUUUCCAGUCUUAUAGUUAGGACAAAGUUAAGAAGGAGAGAGAAUUUUCCAUUAUAUCUUCUUGGAGGAAUUUUUGAACUUAUGUUGGAUGAUUUACGUCAAGUUGGUAUAAAAAUGAAUUCUUGUAACCCUUCUCAGUUCUUAUUUAAAUGUUCUUGGCAUCCAAAUAAGCAGAAUUUGGAGAUUUCUGCAAAGCUUAAAGCUGUAUCAGAGUCUAUGUUGGCUAUAUCUAAAAGUUUGGAGUUAGAAUCUGAUUCUACUUUAAUUGGUGAUAAAGGCUUUAAGCUAUCUUUUAGAAAAAAAUUACCAGAUGAAUAUGGAUCUUCUAAAAAUAUUAAAGAUCAGUUAAAUAAUAACUUUGAGGAUAGUAUACUUAAUAAGGACAUAAUUAAAAUUCCAACAUCUUCAGGAACUCAUAUUUCAUGUACUUCAUCAACAAUAGGGACUUCUGUUGGUUCAAAUUUAUCUUCUACCUUAGAUUCCUCUCAUAUUUCACUCCAAAAGAAGUGUAUUCCACCAUUUUUAGAUAGUAUGAUUAUGUUAAGAAAUGAUGGGAGUCCAAAUCCAGAUUUACAAAUAUGUAGUUUGGAUACUAUAAAAAACAAAAAUACUAAAUGGGAGGAAAAAGAAGAAACUGAGAUAAUAACUAAUAGAGAAGAGAAGAUAGAAGAGAAAAGCAAAUUAAAAAUGAUACAGGGAGUAACUUAUGUGAGCCAAUUAGCAGCUCUACACUAUGAUUAUGCUUCAAGCUCUUCCAAUAGUAAGCUUCUUUCUUGGAGUGAAGGAGUACUACGCCCAAAAUCUGUACAAUCUUCUAAUCCAGAUUCAUAUCUAUUAGUUCCUUGUAAUAAACCAAUGUGGUUUGUAAUUGGGUUUCAAGAAGAUAUAUUUCUUGAGUAUAUUGCAUUGUUUUCACUUGAGUACUUUUCAUCAUCUUUUAGAGAAAUUGAAAUUUCUGGAAGCUUAAUAUAUCCAACUAAGCAGUGGAUACCUAUAGGUAUAUUAAGGAGAAAUCAAGUAUUACCAAAAGAAAUGUUUGAUUUAAAGACUUUAUGUGUAAAACAAGAGGAAGGACAUCACAUCUUGGAUCAUUUAGAGUAUAAUAUUGAUGAUAAUACAGAUCCAAAAGGAUCCAAGGUUUCUGAUAUUAAAGAAGGAACUUCAAAUAAAGCAUCUGAUAGGGCAGAUCUUAAAAUUGGUCAAGAUCACCCAGGAGUUGGUAUUAGAAAAGAUUCAUCAGUGGGUAAUAUUAAGGAGAAUAACUUAAUUCACGAUUCAAAUCCAUGUUGGGUUCGUUAUAUUAGAGUAAGAGCAAUAUCACAUUAUGAGGAAGGUCAUUACUAUUGUCAUUUAAGCCGAAUCCAGAUAUUUGGAAAUAAUGUAAUUAAUAGAUUGGAAGUUGAAAUGGGAGGAGGAGAUAGAAGAAGUUCUAUUUCUAUGUCAGAAAUGGAGGAGAGUGUAAAAGAUGUUGAAAAUCGUUUAUUGAAAAGGGAUAUUGACAGAGGUAUACAUGGAACAAUAAAUGAACAAAAACCUCAUAUAAUGUAUUUGAAUUCUAGUGAUUUUAAUUUAGGUAUUAGUAAAAAGAGUAAUGAUGAAACAAAUACAAUACCUGAGUUAAUUAAACCUGAAAGUAGAAGUUUACUAAUUAAAAGUCAAGAAAAAGUUAAGUAUAAUGAGAAUAGAAAUAUGUUUGAUGAAGAUUUUGAAUCUUUAACUGGAAGACAUUAUAGUAAUUCAAAGGGACAUCCAUUGCUGUCUCUAAUAGAUAGAGUUAAAAUAUUAGAAAAGCAAUUAGAUGCAAUAAAGCUUGAAAAGAGAACAAUUUUAACAAGUUUUAACUCUACUUUGGACCAUGUCAAUGAUUCAUUAUAUAGACUUUCAAAUUCUGUCAAGUUUCUCCAGGAUAUAUUGUUGGAUUCUAAUAUGAAUAAUACAACAAAUGGACAAAGUAAUACAGAUCAGAUCAGAUCUUUAAAGCUUGUAGACACUCACUUAAUUCAAGUUUUAAAUCUAGUAGGUGGGUAUCUUGAAAGGUUUCUUGGAAAAUAUUAUUCAGGUGAAGUAAUAAGUUAUUUAAUACAGUUAUUUGAAAGAAUAACUUUGUCUAUACUUAAUUUAUUUGGUUAUAUUUAUAACCAUUUUCUGACUUUAAUUAUAGCAAUACUUUUCAUAACAUUGUUUAUUUCUCAGAUAAUCCUUUUUAAAAAAUAUAUUUCUCUAAAGAGAAGACUCCAUAAUACCUUACAAUUCUUUAAAUCUUACUCACAAAGUAAUAACACGAGCCCAAAAAACAGUAUCUUAUUAGAUGAAACAUUAUAUUUCCAAAAGAAUCUUAACCUUAAGUUACAUUCAAACCCAGUUACAAGCUCCUACAGACUUUCAAAUAACUCCAGUUCUAAUUCUAGCUCAAAUUCUAGUUCUAAUGUUAAUAAUACUAUUACUAGUUCUGGUGGUGGAAAUAGCGUUUUAGUUGGAGAUAUUACAGUGGGGAGUUACUCUUCCACAACAAAGAAUGCAAAUAACAAUUCUAACUUGAAUUUAGAAAGUAACCCUGUAGUAUUUCAAGGAAAUGAUGCAGUGUUUGUGUCUCAAACAGGUGCUGAAAUUAUUCACAAGGAGCAAGAAAUAUAUAGAAUUGAUAAUGUCAAGCCUAUAAAGUCUAAUCUUAAACAGGAAGUGCAAGAGAAUUUUCCAGAGAUUUCAGAGACUACUGGGUUUCGUGAAUAA